AUGACUGAGGUCGACGACGACGUCGAAGAAGUGGACGACGAGCUCGACGCAGUGCCUGUGAUGAUGGUUAAUGUAGAUAACGAGGACGAUGAUGAUGAUGACAAUGAUGUGGAUGUCCCACUUCCCCCUGUCGAAGAAACAGUGGCGUCGCCAGAGUUUGUUAUUGCGAUUGUCGUGCUUGAAAUGACAAUGAUUGACAAGCUGGUGGUGCGGGUUGAGGAACUUGACAGUGACGUAGAAGUAUACGGCUGGCUGGAGGCCGCAGCGGAGCUGGUGGUGGGUGUCAACCUCGGCGUCAAGGUGGAUGUCGUUGAGACGAUCACGGUCGUCCCGCUGAUGACGGUGACGGUGGUUCCUACAGAUGUAGAUGUGCUUCCGCUGUUGAGUAUCGGCCCUUGGGAUCGAGAGGAGGUUCCGCUCGUACUGCUUGGUGUGAGGAGGGAAGAUCUGGAAGUCAUAGUUGUGGAGCUGAGUGCUGUUGUGGUCGACGUGGUUGUCGAUCUAAAUACUCCAGUCGACGCCAUGAACGAUGUGCUGGUGGUUCUGCUCAUUGUGCUGUUGGUCCGACAAGAGGCAGGGAUCGUGAAACAACACGGCAGGCCGCUCGAUGACGAGGUACUGGGUUGGAAUACGCCGCUAUAG